AAAAGUCUUACUACUGAAAAUCUCCUCCUUCCCUCUACUUCUGUUAACUACAUCAAUCAAUCAAUCAAUCACACGCACACAAUUCAUACAUAUACAUACAUACAUACAUAUAUACAUACACAACUCACUCGCAGUCUCGCCUCUAUUUUUUCUGAUUUUGCCCGUGAAUCAGUUUUGAAAUAGAGCCCCAAAGGCCCUUCCUUGUUAGCUCCAUGAUGCGAUUGAUUGGUUUUUUUGUUUUUCCUCUUGUUUCGGGUUUGGGGGGUUGGGGGCUUGCGCGCCUUUGCUAUCAACUCCACUACGAUUUCCGGAUCGAGGGCCUUUAUUUGGAUUCCUUUUCAAGGUUUUUAGGGGGUGGGGUCUGUCUGAUUUAAGGAUUAAUACUUCAAGAUUCUGUUGUUGGAAGCAAGGCUGAAACGGUGAUUUCUUGUAUCACAAGACUGGAAACAUAAGACAAUCAUGGCAGAGAACAAUGAAAUUGAGGACCAUGUGGAGCUGGAUGAUGACAAUUAUAUUGAAGACGAGGAUGAUGUUGAAGAACCCAUGGAAGAUGAAGGAUCUGGAGAAGGGGUUGAAGGAAAUGUUGAAGAGCGCUAUGAUGAUGUAAGAAGCGAAGAUAGUGGAAAAGAUCAAUCUCCAGGGACUGAGAUAAAUGAUAACCGCAUUGGGGACAUCGAGGAUGAAGAAAACCCUUCGCCUAUUGAUGAAGUUGAGAGAAAAAAACGUGAUGAGCUUCUUGGCCUUCCUCCACAUGGUUCGGAAGUUUUCAUAGGUGGACUACCUCGGGAUGUUUCAGAGGAAGAUUUAAGGGAACUCUGCGAACCAUUUGGUGAAGUUUUUGAGGUGCGGAUAAUGAAAAACAGGGAUACUGGUGAAGGUAAGGGCUUUGCUUUUGUAGCCUUCCAAGAAAAAGAUAUGGCUCAAAAGGCAAUUGAAGAGUUGCAUAACAAAGAAUUUAAGGGAAGGACACUGCGGUGCUCACUAUCAGAGUCGAAAUACAGAUUGUUCAUUGGAAAUGUACCUAAGAGUUGGACUGAUGAUGAGUUCAAUAAAAUCAUUGAAGCUACUGGUCCUGGUGCUGAACUAAUUGAACUGAUCAAGGAUCCACAGAACCCAUCCCGUAAUCGUGGUUUUGCAUUUGUGGAAUAUUACAACCAUGCAUGUGCAGAUUAUUCUAGGCAACAAAUGUCCUCAGCAAGCUUCAAGCUUGAUGGCAACUCUCCAACUGUAACAUGGGCUGAUCCCAAGAUAACAUCUGAUCAUUCUGCUGCUGCUUCUCAGGUCAAGGCACUUUAUGUCAAGAAUAUACCUGAAAAUACAUCUACCGAACAAUUAAAGGAACUCUUUCAGCGUCACGGGGAAGUGACAAAGGUUGUUAUGCCUCCAGCUAAAAGUGGUGGGAAAAGAGAUUUUGGGUUUGUUCACUACGCAGAACGGUCAAGUGCAUUAAAAGCUGUCAAAGAGUCAGAGAAAUAUGAGUUAAAUGGUCAGGCGAUAGAAGUUGUGCUGGCAAAACCUCAGACAGAGAAGAAAUUUGAUGCAGCAAAUUCUCAUGCCGCGUCACCAAUUCCAAAUUAUAUUCCUCAUCCAGGUUAUGCUGGCAUACCCAUGAAUCCUUAUCCACCAAUAGCUGCUGGUUAUAGCGCCGCUGCGGGGUUUCAGCAGCAGCCUAUGAUUUACGGAAGGGGACCAAUGCCAGCAGGAAUGCAGAUGGUGCCAAUGGUUCUACCAGAUGGUCGAAUUGGCUAUGUGCUCCAGCAGCCUGGUGUACAGAUGCCAUCACCUGUAAGACCAAGGAGGAAUAAUGUUGCCGGUGGACCACAAGCCCGCGGAGGGACAAGCAGUAGUAAUGAUGAUACUAACCGUAACAGACGAUACCGCCCUUACUAGUAGUGGUAGGAAAGUGAGUUUCUUCUAUAUGUGGAUAGCAGCUGUAGCGGAUCAGCAUAACCUGAGAGAUAUUUGAUGUUUAAUCAAUCAGUACAACACAACAUUGGGCAUAAAGAGAGUGCAAAUGGUAUAUUCGAGCAUUAGAGUCCGCAGCAGUUGCUGAAUUUUCACUUUACUUUUAACAUUUGUUUGGUGGUUUUGUUUCUUGGGGAUAGAAGUGCAAAGAUUAAAAUGGGAAUGCCAGCUUGCUUUUAUUA